GCGUUCACGUUAAGCAGUAAAACAACCCUGCCACGACAAGUCAAAUAUCCCCGGAGACUGCCAGACCAUUUCUUCAACAUAUACACACACACAUACGUACAAAAAUCAAAUCUUGAAUAAACAUUUCUUGCAUUUGAAGGCUCCAAAGCUUCCCCAGAUAAGUUUCUUCUUAUAGUCAAUUUGUAUUUUUAUCUUUUUUAAAGAUUUGUUUGGUCUUAAAAGAUACAGGGUCUUGUGUUUGUUUGUUCAUAGUUGAGCUCAAUAAAAGGUUUCUUUUUGGAGAUUAUGGUAUGAUAUUGAAUUGGGUUGUGUUAUUUAUCUGUGAUUAAGUGAAUUUGAUUUGGGUUUUGGUUGUGGUACAAGGGCAAGUAGUAUAUCAAGAUUUUGUGGGUUUUUUAGUCUAAUUAGGUCAAUUGUCUAGCUGAAUUGUGAAGGAGUUUGAUAGGUUGGAUUUGAAGUGGUAGCUAGCAGAUAGAUAGCAGUAGAGGUUUGUAAAGUUUCGAUCUUUGCGGUCAUAAUGGUGAAAAAGUUUGGGAAGAAGAAAAAACAUGCAGGAGAUAUAUCAGGAAGUUCGAAAACUAGACAGAAUAAGGUUGGGGAAAGUGCGCAAAAUGUUUAUGAUAAGGAUACAGCAGUGUUCAUUUCAAUGUCGCAGGAAUUGAAAGACGAAGGGAAUAAGUGUUUUCAGAGUAGGGAUUAUGAAGGUGCCAUGUUGAAAUACGAGAAGGCUCUAAAGUUGCUUCCACGGAAUCAUAUAAAUGUAUCAUAUCUACGGAGUAACCUGGCUGCUUGCUAUAUGCAGAUGGGUCUUAAUGAGUAUCCUCGAGCAAUUCAUGAGUGUAAUUUGGCUCUUGAAGUCACGCCUAAAUAUAGCAAAGCGCUUUUGAAGAGAGCUAGGUGUUAUGAGGCAAUGAAUCGGCUGGAAUUGGCAUUGAGAGACAUUAGCACUGUUCUGAAGAUGGAGCCAAAUAAUCUUAUGGCAUUGGAAAUUGCCGAUAGAGUGAAAAGAUCAAUUGGGAUAAAAGGUCCCAAGGGGAAUGAACCCGAGAUUGAUUCAGUUCAAAUCCCUGAGUAUCUGGAACCUACUUAUACCGUGCCGACAAAAAAGAAGAGUAACAGAGUAAAGGAAAAAAGGGCUGGAGACAACACUCAGGAGAAUACAACUAUGGAAGAAAAUGAGGAGGAUGAAGUUAGGGAGAAAGCUAUAGAAAAUGUUGAGGAAGGGAGUCCUGAAGAUAAGUUGAUAGUGGAGGACCAUAUAGAUAAUGUUAUGGAAGAAGAGCCAAAAAGGACCCUAAAAUUGGUGUUUGGGGAAGAUAUACGAUGGGCUCAAGCUCCAAUAGGUUGCAGUAUCUUGAAACUGAGGGAAAUAAUACGUGAUCGGUUUCCAGGUUUAAAUGCUGUCCUUGUCAAAUACAGGGACCAAGAAGGUGAUUUGGUUACUCUUACAACUAAUGAAGAAUUGAAAUUGGCUGAAGCAGCUGCUGAACAACACAGUUCUCUCAGGCUGUAUAUCGUAGAAGUUAAUCCGGAACAAGACCCAUUCUUUGAGGUGGUUAAAAGGGAAGAGAGAGGACAUGGUCGUUCAUCUUGUAUUGAUGACUGGAUCGUCCAGUUUGCUCAACUAUUUAAGAACCACAUUGGAGUGAAUUCUGAUGCCUAUCUGGAUCUUCACAAGCUUGGAAUGAAGUUCUACACAGAAGCUAUGGAGGAGGCAAUUACAAGUGAAGAAGCCCAAGACAUUUUCAACACAGCAUCAGAUAAAUUCCAGGAGAUGGCAGCUCUGGCCUUGUUCAAUUGGGGAAAUGUUCAUAUGUCCAGGGCAAGGAAGCGAGUGUACUUGACAGAAGAUUCAGGAAAAUCUGUACUUACGCAGGUUGAAGAUGCAUUUGAUUGGGCACGGAAGGAAUAUCUAAAAGCAGGAGAGAGAUACCAAGAAGCACUAAAAAUCAAACAAGAUUUUUAUGAAGGAGUUGUAGCUCUAGGACAGCAGCAGUUUGAGCUCGCAAAACUUACCUGGUAUCAUGCAAUUGCUACCAAUGUUAAUUUGGAAAUGUGGCCUUCGUCAGACAUGAUUCAACUUUAUAAUUGUGCCGAGGACAAUAUGGAUAAGGGAAUGCAGAUGUGGGAGGAUGCAGAAGCGCAGCGUCAAAAUGAAAUAUCCGAUGCAAAUAAGGUGAAAGCCCUUCUAAAGAAAUUGGGUUCACAUGGUUUAAUAAAAGACAUAACUGUGGAUGAAGCUAAAGAGCAGGCUGCAAAUAUGAGGUCUCAGAUUAACAUGUUGUGGGGAACCAUCCUGUAUGAAAGAUCAAUCAUGGAAUACAAACUAGGCCUUCCAGUUUGGCACGAAAGCUUGGAGGCUGGAGUUGAAAAGUUUGAGCUUGCUGGAGCCUCUCAAACAGACUUGGCUGUUAUGAUAAAGAACCACUCUUCCAAUGGCACAUCAUCAGAAGGAUUAGGAUUUAAUAUCGAUGAAAUAGUACAAGCAUGGAAUGAAAUGUAUGAAGCAAAAAAAUGGCAACCUAGUGUUCCUUCUUUCCGACUGGAACCACUGCUUCGCAGACGAGCUUCAGAGUUCUAUCAAGUCCUGGAGCAUUCAUGAGUGUUUGCUGGCAGCUGACAAAAAAAAACUCGAACUGAUUUCUGCUGCACUUGUGAUUUGCACUCUUCUGCGUCUAUUUAUGUUCAUCGGCAUCAUACGCAUACUUUGGUUUCAGCUGCACCAUUACUGUAGACGGUCAAUUUAUUGGUUGCUUAGAUUUGUUAUUUUAUACUUAAUUACAAGGGAAGCAGAAGGACAUUGUUUAUUAAUUUUUGGGGGACAAGAUGAGCCAGCAGAGAUUUGGGUUUUUGUUAGUUGCUGCUUUACCCUCAUCUCCUCCCCCGUACCCAUAUUGGUUUGGUAAAGUGAAGAUAUUCAGGAAUAGACCUUAGUUUUAUGCAGUUUUGGUUUAUCCUUUUUCUUUUUGGUGCAUCAUUUGUGUAAAGUCAUUUGUAAGCUCGAAGCUUUCUUCUGCAUCAUCCACCUGUUAUACUCUGUUGUUACUGGAUGACAGAAACACUAUUUGGUUUUAAUGGUGAAAUGUGUGUUUGUUUGUUCA